AUGACGAGCUUUCUUGCGCGAGAGCUUCAGCGCAAAAAUGAGGGUGUAGUAUUUCAGCCCAUUCCUUCUACACGUCGUAUCUGCACCCAGGAACAUCUCCAUCCAAUCUCUUCCGAGGUUUGCGGUGAUCUUCUCACAGACGCAAAGGAGAUGCUCAGAGAAGCUGGACAUUAUCAAAGAUUUCAAGAAGAGCGUUUGGAAAAUUCCGUUAACCAGAUUCGGCUUGCAGUAGAUAUUAUGAGAAAUCCUCGCACGGUACCUAGCUCCGGCUUCAAUUACGCAGAAGACCUCAAGUUCCUUGAGAAAUUCGCCGUUCAUUACAAGCAAGGGGUUGGUCUCAGCGAUGAUGAUCAUCGUCGCUACAUCAUCAAAGUUUCUACCAUCUUGAGACGAGCACUCACCACGCUCGAUGACGAAUACCAGAAUGUCUGUCCAUGGUCUCUCAUUCUCAAGGUUAACUACACCGAUCUCUGUCCACAUCAACCAUUCUGCAAGCACAAGCAGAAGUACACCCAGUCUCAAGUUCCAGCGGGUCAUCCCCGUCCGCCCGGUGGCAUUGCUCACAGUGAUGUCAUGGGUUUUUGUCAAGAUGACUACGUUGUUCAGCCUGGCAAGAUGAAGCCUGAGGGAUGCAAGGUUAGGAUGUACUGCAGACUUCAACAUAAGGAAGAUGGCACCAACAAGAAGAAUUGUGAUGCAAUCAUACUCUAUGCAGUAGCUUGUCUUCAUAGGGAUGGACUUUGGGAGUAG